AUGGGUUGUACAAAUUCAACUAGAAAACAAGAAACAGACGUUGGACGAUAUAAACAUGAUGAAAAAAAAUUUCAAAAUUUAUUUCAUGCAACAACUGAAUUCGAUAUAUCAACAUCAGAUUCUGAAAAUGAACAUGUAAUUCUUUCAAUGAAAUCAAUAAAUAAGAAUAAUUAUAAUAAUAAAGAUAAAUUAACAAAAAAAAUUGAUAAACUUUCAAGUGGACUGACAACAACAAAUAAUAAUUCAUCAACAGCGAGUAGUAGUACAUUGAUUGGCAAUCGACUUACUAAAACAUAUGUUUGA